GCGUCGUCGCGUUCCGCUGGACUGGCGCGCGCGACAUCACCGCCGACAGCUGCCGCCGUCGCUACACCGUCGGAUAGCGAGCGCGCCCUAGUCGGCGAGUGAGAGCGCACGCACACAGAUCCUCAACCAGAGCAGAGCAGCUGCGGAGCUUCGAGCGAGCGCCACACCGGAACGGCCCGACAUGGCAGCUCUCGCCGGAUCACCGCCGUCGGCCGCCAAUCGCUUUGUAGCCGUCGCGCUCUUGGCUAUCGUGCACCACGCUGCAGCAGCGGCCGACAGCUACGACGCCUACAUUGCUACCCUUUCAAAUGUGUCAGCCUUGAUAAGAGACGAAUCAGUGGCUCUUGCCUUUAUAGAGGGCUUGAACGACCCAUUCACAACAAUCAACAAUGUGGACUCAAGUUCUCAGUGGGAUUAUGCAAGCAAUAUCAGCGAGUACAAUCAAAACAAAUCGAAUGAGGUCUCUACCGAAGUCUCCAAACUUGAGCGUGAGUUUGGAAUUACGGCAAAGCGUUUUGACUGGCAAAAUUUCAAAAAUAAUUCGCUCAAACGAAUAUUCAGGCACGUCGCUACCAUAGGACUUGCUGCGCUUCCCGAUGACAAGCUAGAGAACGCAACCAGUCUUAGCUCGAAGAUGGCCGCCAUCUACGGGUCGACCAAGGUGACCGUUGGCACGGAAAAGGACCUUCCCUUGGAUCCCGACCUGACGCGAAUUAUGAAGGAAGUCGGCAACUACGAAAAACUACUUGAAACUUGGCUGGCAUGGCACAACGCUGUAGGUCCUGCUGUAAAAGAGUACUUUAUUCCGUACAUCACGCUAUCCAACGAAGCCGCCUCUCUAGAUGGUUAUGACAACCUCAAGAGCGCCUGGCUCAGCGAUUAUGAGACAGAAAACAUGACAGAAAUAGUAGAUAAACUUUGGGAAGAGCUCUCUCCUCUGUACAAAAAGCUGCACGCGUAUGUGCGGAUGAGGCUCAGGGAGAUCUAUCCAGGACGCCUGCCUGAGGACGGCACCAUACCAGCCCAUCUCUUGGGAAAUAUGUGGGCGCAAGAGUGGGGCACGCUUUACCCUCACCUCACUAAGGAAGAGAAACCCCUCGACAUCUCGAAGACAAUGGUGGAACAGAAAUGGAAUGCCACGAUGAUGUUCCACGCGGCUGAGGACUUCUUCGCGAGCUUAGGCCUUGACAAGAUGACGGACACGUUUUGGAAGAAGUCCAUCAUCACAAAGCCAAACGACAGAGACAUUCAGUGCCACGCGUCCGCAUGGAACAUGUAUGACGGCGACGAUUUCAGGAUCAAGAUGUGCACAGAGCCGAGCGCGGAGGACCUGCGGACUGUCCACCACGAGAUGGGACACGUCGAGUACUACAUGCUGUACAAGCAUCUGCAUGUCCUGCUGCGAGAGGGAGCCAACGAAGGUUUCCACGAAGCUGUCGGAGACCUGAUAGGCCUGUCGGUGGCCACAAAAUCGCAUUACGAGAAGCUGCACUUGAUGAAAUCAACGGAUAAAUACAAUUCCGUUGACAUCCUGCUUAUGUCGGCGCUGAACAAAAUUGCCUUCUUGCCAUUCGGGUACUUACUGGACAAGUGGCGUUGGACCAUCUUUACCGGGGAGACGCCGUUCGACAAGAUGAAUGAGAAAUUUUGGGAGUACAGGAUAAAAUACCAGGGCGUGUCACCUCCCAUUAAGCGCAACGAGUCCUUCUUCGAUGGUGGAGCCAAAUACCACGUAGCUCUUCAUGUUCCGUACCUGAGAUAUUUUGUGGCAUUCAUCCUUCAGUUCCAGUUCCACGAGCAUUUGUGCACUGUUACAAAGAAGAUUGACGACCAGCAUCCAUUCCAUGAAUGCGACAUUUACGGAGAGAAAGAGGCUGGUGACGUCCUCAAACGGGGACUGUCGCUGGGUCGUUCUAAGCCCUGGCCCGAUGUCCUGGAGAUCAUGGCUGGCACGAGGCAGAUGUCAGCCUCGUCCCUGAAGAAGUACUUCGCGCCACUAGAGAAAUGGCUCGACGAACGUAUCAGCAAGGAACAGAUCGGCUGGGACAAGGCCAACGUGCAAGACUACAUGGGUUCACCGUCAUUCGCCAACAAAGUCGACCUAUCAGCAGGAGCUGUUCUGGCAUCUAUUCUAGCCGUCUUGUUCUGCUUGAAGAACACCUCGUUAUGAUACACCAGACGCCGCAAGUCUAUCAUUGCCACAGAAGCAGAAUACGGCCCCCGAUAGCUCGCGUCGUUGCUAUCUCUCGCAGUGAUACCAUCGAAAGAGUAUCUUAUGAAGUUCAUUUUAUUAUUAUUUUCUUCUUGUUAGGAUUUCAGCCUUCAUUUUCAUUGCAUUGCACGAAAAGAAAGUUAAAACGCAACACAUUACUACACAGGUUUUCAACGCAUGCAUCUCGUUUUGAGAAUCGUACAUAUGUUGUUACUUCUAGUCGUUUUUCUUUUUGUUGUACUUCAUUAAUUUCCGCCAUCGCUAUAUUUGAAACCAUUUUCAAAGCAACCUCUUAUUCUGGCCAUCCGCAAGUUUUUUUUUUCUUUUUUGUCGAGGAACGCAGACUGGUAGCGAAAUAAGGAAUGAACCUCCUACUCGUAUAGACACUUUCUCAACUCUUUUUUUUCUUACCCUACUUAAAGCAUGUAUUCGAGAACGACAAAAAUAUCUCAUAUCAGCAGCACAGCUGUACUUGCGGUUUUUUCUUAACUUUUUUAUGAUGUAAGAGCUUUGCUACCUAUGCAACUUGUGUUUUAAACCUUGUAUAACCUAUUCUUGCGCAAUACGCAGUCUAACUGGGAAGUUUCUCUUGUAGUGCCUCUAUACAGCUAUCAUCACUUGUCCCUGAUAUCGUGAUAGAACGUACGAACGCGCGAAUGACUUCGCCGAUAACAAGGUUGACGUGCAAUAAGAAAAGACAAUUUGUUUAAUUCAGCAAGUAGGAUUUCAUUAUUACUAUGCUUCAGCCAUGAGCUGCAUAAAUGAACGCCGAUUGUAAAAAAAGUCAGGCCGUUCCGCUGCUAACUCACGACAAAAUGCAUAGUUCAAAGGAACGAUAAUGCUAUGCUUGAAGGCAUAGCGUUAUCAAAGGCUCUGUUAUAUUAGCUAUUGAGGAGUAUAUCUGCCCCACGAUUCUGCUUUCCAAUAAAUACGAACACGUUGUCCUGUCAAGCGUGAAUUCUGUCCAAUAAUUGCGUUUCUCACUAAAUACGAAUGCGUGUUCCUGCGAAGCAUGACAGAACUAACAAAAGGCUGCUUACGUAAAAGUUCACCGAGUACGCCAGUGUUUGAACAGGGUUUGUGUGAAGCUAGGCUAUGCUGUUAUGUUUCGUUUGCAGAACAAGUUCUCAGACAACCCUCCGCAAACAGACGUAAAUUUUUUAGGAAGAAAGCAAAGUACGCUAGCCAGUCUCUCACGUGUGCACAUAGGAAUGUUCAAAUUGUAGUAAAACAGUCUGUUUAAGGACGUCAUCAAAAAUGCACGUCGAUAUAAAAUGUACUAACUCUUGUGCAAUUAUUUCAUGAGCCUUUUCUGAACGCUGUUCUAUGACGUGUAGCUUUUUACUCAGCGUAGCUUUUUACUCGACUGCAAUGGCGUAAUUAGUUGAUUCUAAGGAACGUCAGACGAUUGAGUCACUACAUUUACGCAGCUGUUAGGCCCCGUACUUCUAUUUCUUGUACAAAGAGAACUGUAUAGGUAACAAAAAUUGUUUCCUUGUUAUUUUCUCCAGUACUUAAAUUAUUAUUUGCGUUGUAUUGGCUGAAUCAAAUCGAAAUAAAAAAGUUAUUAAAUUUGCAA